AUGUCACGGUUGGUUUGUUUUAUGAUUUUAGUUUAGAUAAUGUUCGAGAAUAUAUCUAGAAUCAGAAUUUUAUUAUGUACACGCGAGUCUGUUUUUAUCAGACGCUCAAACAUCCACUGAAACAAUUUCCUUUUCAAUAAAUACAUAAAGCUUCAAAACUAGGCAACUUCUUAUGAUUUUUUUUCUCAAAAUUUUAGGCUGUUCGUCCAAUAAAACAGUUAUUUAUUCCAAAAAGUUAAAUUAAUUAUAAGUUUAUUUGUUUUACUUUGAUGUUCACAGUUAUUUCCUGGUAAAUUUUAGAGAAAGGCCAAGAGCAACUGAAAAUAGCCGAUUUCUUCAUGAACUUAUUUCUUGAUAAACUAAAACUUUCAAAUUCAUUUUUUUAGAGUCAAAAAGUUAAUGGAUAAGUGUUUUUUUCGAGUAAUUGGACUGUCGGCAGCGUUUCUGAAAUUAAAAAUAGAAUUGGAGGUGGUGUUUAAAGAUAUUUGAAUGUUGAAAAGAUAUUUUUCGGAAAAUUUUAUUUAUUAAGAUUUUUUUCUCAAUCUAAACGAGAGAGUUGUAUUGAACCAUGAAGUGAACUUUAAAAAAAAUGGAAGAUUGAAAUUAGUUGCUGGACUGUUUUUUUAAAGUUGAAUAUUUGGCGAUUCUAAGAGUACAGGUCUGGGAGCUCCUCGCGGCUGCCGACGAGCUCGCAACGCAGCGCCGCCGAGGUGCCAGGUAGCAGUUGGCCGAAUCCGACGCUUUCCUUGGUGGCUCUCGUCGUUUCCCUCGGUUCUAUCAGCAGAAAGACGUUUUUCAAAGAGGGCUUCAGGCGGAGGGUUCAACUUUUGCUACCAGCUUCUGAUCACAAACUCCUCGGAAGAGGCUUUUCUGCGCUUCACAGCCGCGUCGCACCGUCGACUGCACGGUUCUUCUGUCGUAUUUAGCGACGAGGAGAUCCAUGUAUGGCCAAAAAGUUUUUUUUUCUCAUGAAAGAAGUUUCAGAAUUUGUGGGGAAUCAUUCUAGCGAUUCUGUUUUGGGGAUCCACUGUUGGCGCUUUUUUCAUCCAGGUAUUAUUGAGAAACGUUUUUGUGGUUAAACCUAAUUGGCCAGAACUUGAAACAAUCUGACUUCUCUGUGAAUUUAUUUUUUUCUGUUCGUAAAUACUGCUCCCAUUGUUGUAUGACUUCAAGAUGAAGAAGAUGAAAACGUAAAAAAAUUCUGACUAAUUGUCAACAUUUCAAAAAAAUUUGAGUUUUUUGUGCGAACAUAGAAUGUAAAAUGAUUCUCCAGAAGCAGUAAUCAAAAAACUUCGUCAAAAUUUUCACGUUGCUACAGGUGAUCGGAGAGAAAUUGGGACGGAAAAAUGGAAUAAUAUUUUCUUUCCUUCUGGAGAUCGCGGCGAUCGUUGCCACGCUGAUCAGUUGGUGGGUGAGUCCUUGCGGGGCAGUGUGUUCGAAGACGUCGCAAGUUCAGAUCGAGAACUACAUCCUGUACGCGGCCGCGCGAUUCGUUCUGGGCGGAGCGAUCAGCAUCUCCGUCGGCAUCGCUCCGAUGUUCAUCACCGAGUGUAGUCCUGCCUCCUGUCGAGGAAUCAUCUCCCUCGCCACGGCCAUCAUGAUGCAGAUCGCUCUUGUCGUGGGGGCCGUCGUCGCCAUGCCCGAAGUCGGUUUCUCUUUGGUUUUCGGCAGCUUUCCAUCUGUCUAUUCAGGUUUGGGGGUUGGAGAAAGACUGGUGGCGCAUGUACGCCUUGGAGUUGCUCAUCCUGAUUCCAGUCACAAUAGCGACGUGUUUUUUCAGAGAGUCACCGAGGUAAGUAUUGGAAGUCGACUUCGAACGCACAAUUUGCAGCUUUCUCACAUCUCGCGGUAAAAACGAAGAGGCCAUGAAGAGCAUCGAGUUCUACCAUGGAGUCCAGAGAGAAGAAGCCUCUAAGUUACUCGAAGAAAAUCAUGAAGCCACGAAAGACGAGACCAAAGAACCAUUGGGACUUUUUGGAAUUUUCGGAGUAAGAGCUCGAAAAAGCCUCACAGUGAUGACUCGAUUGCAGGACGCUCCGGCGCGUCGCGGAAUGCUCCUAGGCAACGUCAUCAUGUUCGGAAUGUGCAUGUGCGGCAUAAUCGGUAAGUCAUCUCCCAGUUUCUCAUGGACAUUAUCUGACAGCCAUAAACGCGUUUGCCUACAAACUUCUUCUGCGAGUCGGUUUCGCUCCUCUGGAGGCGUCGAUUGGCAACGCGGUCAUCUGCGCCAUGACUGUCGUGAGUCCUGAGAAUAGUUGUGCACAUCCAAUCCGCACAGUUGGGCGUCUUGUUGUCGUCGUUGUUCAUCGAGAGAUACGGACGUCGCAGUCUUCUACUCGUCACAUUCACUUCUUUAGCUGUUAUCAACGUGAUAAUCUACGCAUGCAUGUUGAUCUUCGAGCAUAAUCAGGUCGGAAAUCGUAUGAUUGUUUGCUAAUGAUUGACACAGUUGCUAGAAAACCUGAUCCUUGAACACUACUUUUCAAGAAAAAGAGCAACUGAUAGACGGAAUCGUAUUGUCGUAGAACCUCCACAGAACACUAAAUGAGUCAAAAAAAAACUCAAAAAUAGGAAAGAAAGGUAGAGUAUAGUCCAUAUCAACUUAGAAGGGGAGGGAGGCGGAAGAGCGCGGGACGCGUAGCGUGUGCGUGCGCGGGCCGUGACGCGAGUUCAUUUCAAGCGCCACCGACAGUUCAAACUACACUCACAUGCUGAGGAGGUUAACCCAGUCAUGCUAAAGGGGUCUCAGCGGGUGCCCCGUAUUAAACCCGUAUAAGCACAGUUAGUAGAACUUUUGGCAAUUUUUACCCCAGCUGAGAUCCCGUUUUAGCACAGCUGGGUUACAUAUUUUUCUUACACCCGUUGCUCCCCCGUUUUAGCCCAAAUGAGACUAAAAUAACCUCAGAAACAUGGGUUUACACCCGUAAAAAAAAAAACUUGAGACACUUGGUCACUUUGCGAGUAGAUUGGAAACGGUGAAGUAUUACGUAAGCGACGCGGCUUUCGGUGGGAAACUCGAAAUCACCUGCGAGCCAUCCUUUUUUCUAUGUUUUCCUGCUUUUUUUUUAAUUUUUGUGGUUUUGAAAAUCGUAGUUAAAUGAAUAUAAGUAUAAAAACAUUAAAAAUAUCAUUUUCUUCACAAUUUUUCUAUGUUUGUGUUUGACCUCGAGGUUUUUGUUUGCCAAAAAGCCACGUCGCGUAUGCAACGCUUCACACUUGCCAAUUUACCCAUCUCACAUUUCAAGUCGGAAAAAAUUGACUAUAUUCUUAAUUGAAUUAUAUGUAGGGACCGCAAGGCCACACCCCUCGCUGACCAAAAAAACGUCGUAUAUUUCGUUGCAUUUUUUUGACAUUUCAUUGUUGUUUAUGCAGUUUCCCUGAACCGUUUUGGGGAAAAAAAUUGAGGGAAACAUACAAUCGGCUAUGCUCUACAAUUCUACAUAGAAGAAAUAGCUGUAAAUAAAAAAAGGAUUGGUUAAAAUGACGUUUUUUCGCGACGCCUUUGUGCGAAAAAGUGGAAAAACGUUGAAUACUUACAAUCCAGCUCGUAGGCAAGUUAUUUUUUUUUCUUAUUUUGUUAAGCAUGUAAAAACACACCAUAUAAGUAAAAAUAAAAAGAUUCCUGCUUGUGCUUUCAAAUAUCGAAGCGUCGGAAAAUCGCAACUUUCAAAAUUUGGGAACUUUGGCAUUUUCCGCGAAACAUCGUAAAAAUUUUUUUUGAACUGUUCUCUAUAAAUUUUUAAAACGUUUUAAAAAAAUAAAAAAACAAAACUUUCAUUCCAACCUUAAUUUUUAAAAAAAUAAGUUUUGAUUUUUUUGAUUUUUUUGAAACACUUGGGAAAGUGUUUUAGCCGUCGUAGGCAAAUUAUUUUUUUCUUAUUUUUGAUUUGAUUUACUUUUUUUCUUCAGCAUAGUCAAAAAAAUAAAAAAAUCCUGCUCGUGCUUUCAAAAAUUUGAUUCAUUCGAACAAUAAAAAAACAGCGUCCUGCAUUUGCGCGUUGGCGAAAAUUGUGCAUUCGACCGACCCACGAAAAAUUCCGAAUUCGCGAUGUUUUUCAAAGCAAAAAAAUAGCGUAAAACUUUUUUUGAAAUGAGUCAAAACGUUCAGUAAUGUAAUUCGGAAAAACAAAAUAGAACUUCACAUGCUUUUUCCAGAACAAAAAAAUUAUUUUAGUCUCGCCAAACUCCCACUACCAGGAUUCCACUGGAAAAACACGUUCAAAGUCGGGAAAUUCACCUGAAUAAGACAUAAAAAGUGGAUUUUUAAUGAGUUGAGCGCAUUUAAAAAGUGCUGUAUUGCUACAAGAAUGGUUAUAAAAAGUCAUUAAUAAUUAAUUUAUUCGUGUUUCUAUGGAUUCACAACCUCUUUAUUGGUUCCGAAUUCUGAAUCGAAUCUUGUUUCAGGGAGAAUUUGCGUUUAUCCAUGCUUCCUAAUGAUAUUUUAACAGUUUUGAACAUCAAAAGCAUUGAAAACUCCGUAAAUAUUAAUUUUGCUUUUUUUGCCGUUGAAAAUCGUUCAACUUCUUCUUUUUCAGUGUUUAUUUUUGCUGGUCCUCAUCUUUGGACAUUGUUCUAUCAUUUCCAAUAAUGAAAAACUAUCAUUAGUGAGUUUUAGUGCCAAAAAAAUUAACAAGAAACUUUUUCUCUAAUUUUUUUACUGGUCUUUGAGAGCGCGGCGCACCCUUGCAACGCCCACUUUUUUUCGCGACCUCGACCAAAUUUUUCUACAGAGAAUUGAAAUCGCGAAACGCGCGCUUUAAUGGCUGUAACUUCGUUUAGAGUCAAUAUUUUUUUCCAAGAUCUCUUUUUUUAAAAAGUUGCCAGGACUAUGAAGUACACGGUCAUAUGAAAAUCAUUUAAAUCUGAUGGUUUCUAGAAAACUGCCUGCGGUCCCUAAUUAUAUGAACUUGAAAAAUCGACAAAAAAAAACUUCUAUCGGAACUAGAACUAUUCAGACGUUUAAAAAAGGGAUUUCAGAGCAAGGCGCUCGGUUGGGCCGUCGUCAUUUCGAUUUGCAUCUUCAAUGUGAUAUUCUCGACCGGCCCCGCUCCGAUCUCGUUUUUCAUCACUGGAGAACUUGUGUCUCAGCCAGGCCGAGCUGCAGCCUGCACUUGGGUCAUCGUCAUGCUCAACGCCUCGUCCGUUUUGUGCAACCUGUUCUUCUUCAUUUCUGUGCCUUCAGGCGUUCAAUCGUCUUGGCGAUUUACAAUCCGCUGGAGAAGCUCGUCGGCGGCCCUAGUUCCUACUUUCUACUCUUCUUCCCUCCUUGCGUCCUUGUUGUCGUCAUUUUGUACUAUUAUCUACCGGAGACCAGAGGAAAAUCUCCUGAAGAGGUUAGUCAAACCUUCUCAACUUUCGGCUCAGCCUCAUUGAAUUAUCAGGCCGCAGAAGACACUGCUUACCUCCCUAAACUUUGCGGCCAAAGAGAAACAUCAGAAGAGGAUUCCGCAUAA